CAGCGACAUUACAGCCAAAUGUUUUUAAGCUGGCUUCCUGUAGUUACCGGGCUUCCUCUAACAUAAAACCUCUUUCUCAACAUUGAAACGUCGUUGUUUUUCUUCACACUCAGUCCUGAAAGAGGUAAGACUGGGGUAUAACAGUAGAUCAGGGGAGAUGUAAAAUAGGUGGACAUUUUUCAAGUGGACUUACCGUCGUGGGCUUAAAACAGAAAUCAGAAGUAGAAGGUUGAGUCAGCUUCACAGUUGGCAAAGCCUCACUAGGACUCUUCUAAGGCUUUCUUGAUGGCAUCCAAUAUCACCCCCACCAUCUCCCAGCAGUCCUCCUCUUUCUCCCUCCCUCUGUCCAUCAGCGCCCAGGUCGGCAUCGCCAUCUUGACCCUGGCCUUUGUGCUGGGCUUCCCCGGGAACCUGUUUGUGGUUUGGUCGGUGUUGUGCCGGGUGAAGAAGCGCUCGGUGACCUGUUUGCUGGUGCUGAAUCUGAGUAUGGCGGACGCUUUCGUGCUGCUUAGUGCCCCUUUAUUCCUGCGCUACCUGGCUGGAGGCAGAGGCUGGGAGUUUGGCUCGGCAGCAUGCAAGCUGGUGCAUUACCUAUCGAGUGUGAACAUGUACGUGUCUAUCUACCUCAUCUGCCUGAUGAGCAUGGACCGCUGGCUGGCCGUGUCCAGGCCUUUUCUGUCUCAGAGAAUGAGAACCAAGCGCUCCCUACUGAUUCUCCUGCUCGGUGUCUGGGUGUUAGCGUUCCUCAUGUCACUGCCCAUGCCUUUCUACCGCAGUAAUCUGAAGAAGAUUCUAUCAAACAAUAUCACUUUGAGCUUCUGCAUGCCGUACCACUGGGAGAGCAAGGGUCACCGGGUCUUCCAGUACCUGUUUGAGACCAUCAUGGCCUGCCUGCUGCCAUUCUCCCUCAUCAACACCUGUUACUCCUCCGUCCUCUGCCGCCUGCACAGCGCCAAGUUCCAGCGCAGAGCACGAAGCAGCCGCCUCAUCCUGAUGAUCAUCUGUACCUUUGCAGUAUUCUGGCUGCCGUAUCACAUCGUCAACAUCAUAGAGGUGGUGGGCCUGUUGAAGGACAGUAAAUCCACUGUUGCCGCCGCCCUUACAGCCCGUCCAAAUGUCACAGCCUUCGCUUACUUUAGCAGUGCGAUCAACCCCAUCCUCUACGUGUUCGCCGGCAGCUCCCACAUACGCCAUGCCGGCCUCAGCUUCAUGGGCAAGCUCUUCGAGGACACCAACUCGGAGAGCAGGACCACAUCUACCUUCACCCGAAGUGGCCGCAGCAGCUCUUCACCAGACGAGAGCACCGUCCUGAACACGCUGUCGACAAAACUGGGGAGGCCUUUCAAAAGCAAGAACAAGGACAGGAGCGGAAGCGUGGCGGGAAAAGAGGCGGAUGAGCCUGAACUCAAGACUCUGGCCAGCCAAUUAAACUGAUUACACUGUGUUGACGCAGACCUUGAAUUAUCUAAGAGAUUUUCUUACACAACUUUUAUACCUUUACUAUCGGAUGUACUUUCUUGACAUUUGAUGCAAAAAGUAUUUAUGCCCAUGAGUCUUAAUGGCUUGUCCAAUGUGUUCUUUAUUCAUCAAAUACAAUAUGUGAAUAUUUGAUGGAUUGCUGUAUACUUGUGUACAGACAUUCAUAGUCCCGAGAUGCUGAGCCAUAAUGACCCUAGAGAUCCCCUGCCUUUUCCUCUAUACCCACUGUGAGAAUGAAAUGUGUGUUGUUGAAUGAAAUUGACAAUAUUUGGAUUGAUUUUCAUACAAUUUGAUACACCCAAUAAUGUCUACCGCUCACAAACGUAACAACAUUCCCAUCAGCCUCAGCUGUUCUUUGAUGUAAAUAUAAAAUGUUAGCUAGCUUACACGCACAACUAAGGAGCAUUUAGCUCAUAGCACCAUUGUACCUUAGUAUAGCCUCACAGGACCUGCGUUCAUUGCUGUGUUGGAGAAGGGAAGGUUUUUUUUGAUGAUAGACCCUCACCCUAAAAACAUUCUUACUUGUGUUGCUUUUUAUUUAUUUUUUUAAACAAAAUUAAUAGCAUUUGUUUGUAUGUUAACCACACCUUUUUUGUUAUAAUCCCCAAGAAAUGUUUAAUAUAUAUUUACAGUAUCUAUAUAUAUAUAUGGGUUUUAACUAUGUCAUUUAGCAUAUAUAUUUGAGAUGUGUUUUACAUUUAAUUUCUAUUGGGAAACAAAAGACCAAAAUAUCUGCUAAGUUAAUAAAGCUUUUUUUAACAUUGA